AUGGAGAGAUUGGUCGACGUCCUACAGCUAUCUGGUGACUGGCACCAGCAGCGCUCGAAGCGCAAAAGGCUUUCACGAUGCCGACACGUCCGUCAAGCGACGAGCACAGGCCCUAGGCUUUCCCGCAUUUCAUUUCUUCCUCGAACAACUCCCCAUGCCUCUGUUACGGUGACGUCGGAUGGCGAGCUGUUCGUGGGUCGAGGAGCUGUCAACGUCGACUCUCUUGCGGAUGCGAUGGAUGCAACGGACUCUGAACUAGACCACUCAGGGCAGCGUGCCUGGGUCCAUGUGUCGCCGGCACCAUACCCAUUUGCAACAUUAUUUUUUGUGGAUUUGGAGGAGCGUCUUGAUCUUCCACUCACAGCAAUCGCUGUCAUAUGGAUCGACCCUGCUUCAAAAUGGACAUCAAAAUGUUUUUUGGGAGAAGCGCAGCACACCGGUAGGACCAUAUGUGCCGGAAUGAAUAAAUCAAUUUAUCAGCGUUGCUGCAAUAGCACUCGUCCCAUAAGCUUCCAUACACUAGAAAAGCACAUCCAUCAGGAGCACAGUGGGGUGGAGCACAGAUUUGUGAUGUUCCAGGACGUGCACAGUGAGGGGCAGGAGAGCGAGGACUCGGUAGAGGCCCGUGCAAAUCUUCAGGUCUCCUGGUCACUGAAGGCUCAGCAAGUUUGCACUUACUGUUUACAAACCGCUCUCGGAGUGAUCCUUGCAGUUGAGAAAAGUGCCAGCGUGGGAUGGAAAGGUACUACCAUGCAUGCAGGCUUGAAUACAUCGUGA